AAUCCAGGCCUUUAUUCACAAAUCAAUAAAUUUUUUAUAAGGACCGCAAGCAACCUGACAGAUGGCUCAAAAGGAUCUAUAAAUAAACGCCAUAGCCAACAGGGCAAAGAGAUUCUUCUGCAGACGACCUCAUACUACCUGAAGAAAAAUGGCAGCAUGUGCUAGAACUGCACCGCUCCUACUCUUGUUAGCAUUCAGCUUUGCAUUUGCUGGAAGUGUUACAGAAAGAAAGGCAGAGGAAUUCCAUGUUGGGGUGGUACUUGACCUGGGGACGACGGUGGCCAAGGUCGCACGCACAAGCAUGUCGUUGGCCGUGGAAGAUUUCAAUGCCGUCCAUCCAAGCUACACCACACGGCUCGUCCUCCACGUCAGGGAUUCCAUGGGUGAUGAUGUCCAAGCUGCAUCUGCAGUUCUUGAUUUGCUGGAGAAUCACAAAGUCCAAACUAUUGUUGGUCCACAGAAAUCUUCUCAAGCUACAUUUGUAUCAGCUCUUGGAAAUAAAUGUCAAAUUCCAAUUAUCUCAUUCACAGCAACAAGCCCCACAUUGUCCUCGCGCACUCUUCCUUAUUUUGUGCGCGCAACGCUGAAUGAUUCAGCACAAGUGAAUAGCAUUGUCUCCAUGAUUAAGGCCUAUGGAUGGAGAGAGGUGGUGCCUAUCUAUGUAGAUAACGAUUACGGUAGGGGUAUUAUACCUUCCCUUGUUGAUGCCCUCCAACAGAUAGAUGUUCAUGUUCCAUAUCAGAGUGAGAUAGAUCAAUCAUCAACAAGUGAAGAAAUCACACAAGAACUCUACAAGCUGAUGACAAUGCAGACAAGGGUAUAUGUUGUUCAUAUGUCCCCUUCAUUGGGAUCAGUCCUCUUUACAAAGGCAAAAGAGAUUGGGAUGAUGAGCGAAGGGACUGUAUGGAUCAUAACAGAUGGACUAACCAACCUAAUAGACUCACUUAAUCCUUCAGUUGUGGAAGCAAUGAAUGGUGCCUUGGGGGUUAAGGUUUAUGUACCAAUUUCAACAGAGCUAGAUAGCUUCACCAAGAGAUGGUAUAUGAGGUCCCGAAUUGAUCACCCAAACGAUCCAACAAUGAAACUGAACAUCUUUGGACUAUGGGCUUAUGAUUCUAUCUGGGCGAUAGCACAAGCAGCGGAGAUGUCCAAGGUUAGAAAAGCAAUGUUUCAGAGACCGUCCAGCGAGAAAAACUUGACAAAUUUGGAAACAUUACAAACUUCAAUUAAUGGUCCAGCACUUCGGAAGGCAAUGUUGCAAAAUAAAUUUAGAGGUUUAAGUGGCUAUUUUGACCUUUCAGAUGGGCAGCUACAAGUUUCCACAUUUCGAAUAAUAAAUGUAGCCGGGAAAGGAUAUCGAGAAAUUGGGUUCUGGACUGCUCGAAAUGGAAUUUCAAAGGCAUUAGAGCAGAAGAGAUCACAUCCAACUUAUGAGAGUACUAAACCUGAUUUGAACAUCGUUAUUUGGCCGGGAGAGGUAACAGAGCUACCAAGGGGCUGGGAACUCGCAGUACGAGGAAAGAAACUUCAAGUUGGUGUAGUCAAAGGCCACUAUCCAGAAUAUAUAGAUGCUGAUGAAGAUCCCAUCACAGGUGUUACUACAGCUAGGGGUCUUGCAAUUGACGUAUUUGAAGAGGCUGUCAAAAGACUUCCUUAUGCCCUCGCUUAUGAAUACAAAUUGUUUAACAUCACAGGGAUUGCCAGUUCAAGCUAUGAUGAGUUUGUCUACCAAGUUUAUCUCAAGAAAUACGAUAUAGCAGUUGGAGACAUAGCAAUUAGGUACAACAGAAGUUUAUAUGUCGACUUCACUCUGCCAUACACAGAGUCAGGGGUAGCAAUGGUUGUUCCUGUCAGGGAAAGUAUAAACAAGAAUGCUUGGAUUUUCUUGAAGCCAUUAACGCCUGGCAUGUGGUUUGGAACAAUCAUGGUCGUUAUCUAUACAGGAGUUGUCAUAUGGCUGUUGGAACUUCUAGGAAACAACAAGAAUGUGGAUGCUACUAUUUCCAGACAGUCGAUGACAUCAAUCUACUUUUCUAUGUUUGAAGAUAAGGAGAAGGUGAAACGCCUAAUAUCACGGAUAGUGUUGGUCGUAUGGCUGUUUUUCAUUCUAGUACUUAAGUCAAGUUACACUGCAAGCUUGACUUCAAUGUUAACUGUGCAACAGCUCCAACCAACUGCACAUGAUGUUCAUGAACUCCUAAAAAAUGGUGAAUACAUAGGGUGUGGGAGUGGCUCUUUUGUCAUGGGUCUUCUGGAAGAACUUGGCUUUCCCAGAUCGAUGAUCAAGCCUUAUCAUAACCCUGAGGAUAUUCACAACGCACUCUCCAGAGGAAGCAAAAAUGGUGGGAUUGCUGCUCUGGUGGGUGAAAUUCCAUAUAUCAAAUUAUUUCUCGCAAAGAACUGCAAGAGGUACACAAUGAUUGGACCAAUUUAUAAAACUGCUGGUUUUGGAUAUGCAUUUCCAAAGGGAUCCCCUCUAGUUGGAGACAUCUCACAGGCAAUCCUCAAUAUAACAGGGGGAGACACUAUAAUUCAAAUUGAACAGAAAUGGGUGCGAGAUAAGAACAGUUGCCAGAAUGAAGGCUCCAUCAUUGGUUCAGGGAGUCUCACCUUUGCCAGUUUUGAAGGACCAAUCAUCCUUACCGGAGUUGUCUCGACUUCUUCUCUCUUGGUCGCCUUAAUAAUGUAUUUCUACAGAAACAAAAAAAUAAAACCUCACCACAGUGACUCAGAGCAAAUCUCUUCACAUGGAGAAAACGAACGAUGAAAAAUGACAGAUGAUAGAAGAAACCAAGAGCCAAAGGGAAACAUUUCAUGAAUUGACAAAUAAGCAUGGGAUUUUAUAGGGGGGGUGCUCCUGGCUCACUAGCAGACAGUCUCAAGUUUGGCUCAGUUUUAGCACCAUUGAAUAUGUGUGCCCCCUCCCACGCCUUAGACCAGAAAUUGAUACAGUAUAUGCUAUGUCAAUUAUUUGCUGUAUUGAGCUCCCUAAACAAUACGCAAAUUGUAGCAAAGUUCAAAGAUAAAGCCAAGAAUUUUUUGUUGUUAGUGCUGAUGUCUGCAGUAGGUGGCAAGAAAUGUGUUAGCCAAGAAAUCUGCAGUAGGUGGCAAGGCAGUGGUGAUAUAUGUUCAUGACAAGUUGACAACAUAGAAUGAAGAGUAACCAAUACUUAGUGGCUGAAUGUUGAUAUGAUUCAUGUGUUGAAGUGUUGAACAAUGAGUAUGGGUGGUGGCGUGCAGACUAGCCAAGCAAUUGGGAGAAAUUUUCCUGUUAUGUCC